UUUGAAAGUUAAAAAAGUAUAAGGGUGAUGAGAGCAUAAAAAACACACGUUUUUGGAAUUUGCUCUUUGCUCUUUUUUAACUGUUGAAAAGCAAUUUCCCAAUAACAAAUUACGUGUGAAAGUUGGUGCGUACGAGAACUCGCCACGUGUGUCGCCAUCGUCAAAGGCUUCGCCUCCAGUUCUCAACUUCAGCAUACUCCGUUCGGAAGCAAGCUCGGUUAGGGAUUCAAUCCAAUCGGUGGCUUUCCUUCUUAGGUUGUCUUCUUUCCAUGAAAUUCAUCGUUCCAGGGCUUCACCAGUUUCAAUCUCCAUUAACAAAUUUUCCCCGAUAAAAUAACCGAAUUGAGAGCAAUCGAAAAUGGGUUUUGAUCAUCUUCCCACUGAUACUGCACUGAAAAUUGCUUCUUCCCUUCAGGUAUCGGAAAUUUGUUCUUUGGGCUGUUGUUCGCGGUUUUGUAGGCAACUUUGCGAUUCCGAUUACCUGUGGGAAUCUCUCGCGAGGGAAAGAUGGCCUUAUAUCAAUGGUUCUUCUUCCUCAACUCUCGCACAAUCCCCCAUUUCCAUGGGAUGGAAAAGCUUUUACAUUCAGAGACAUAUUGAGAUAUUGGGAAGAGCCCAAGCAGCGGUGAAGUUUGUAGAACAAUGCUCUCCCUCUACCCCAAUCGAGGGUGGAGACUAUCUCAGGACAAUUGGUGGCUUGUGGGAUUUGAAACUUAGUUUUGUUGAUGCUCAAAUGGUGCUUUUCAAACCUCAACUCAAUGAGCUGCUGAACUUGGUUGGCUUACACUACUGUAGAAUUUGGCUUCAAGUCCCUGCCAAUCAAAUCCUGGAAGCACUUCAAAGAUGCAAGAUAGCAGAAAGGCAUAUAUGUGUGAAAUGGUGGAAGCUAGGAAGAUGGUUUUAUGGAUUCCGUAUGAGAGACGAACAACAAACUCGUCGAGUCUCUCUGGCAGAACUCAUGACAGAAGAAGGGGAAGAUGUUCUUGGGGUGCUUAGCCGUGGUGCCGUCCACGAGGUUCUUCGAGUUCAGGUUUCUGUAGGUGAUUCCUUUGCCGGUCACUGGUCUCGGCAAAGCACAUAAAAUGAAAACACCCUUAGCAUCAUCUUCCACGUAAGCAUUCUGCAACUGCAAUAAUCUAUAUGCUAAUAGUUUUUUCAUAAUGUACUUCAAAUAAUUGCUUGUAGAUUAUUUAUGCAGAUAUCAAAAUGUAAAUACAUGUUGCUGUUGCUCAUUCAGAUUUGAUUUGUACUAAGUCGUAGUUAUAUCUAUGCUCAUCAUUAACUGGUGUAUUUUGUAAAUUAGAGCUUUUGGCUCAUAGUCUUGGGUUUCUGCCAAUCUUCUUCUUUAGUGUUGCUAUUUCUAGUAAUUAUCCAAAGGGUAUCUUUAAUUAAUUAGGUUUUAGUUGGGGUGUUGUUAUUAAAUCUGUUGGUUUAGAGAAUUAGCAAUUGCUGGAUUUUAGCUACCUUUUGAAUAGAUAAUCCAAGAGCUUCAGGAAAAGAGUAGUAAAUCAAAAGGGCACACCUUUAUACGCUUCAUCUUUUUUUCUUCGUGCUAUUUAAUGAAAAGUGCAAGCUUCCAUCUCGAUCAAAGUAAUGGCUAAAACAAUUGAGCUGGACUCGAGUUGUUGGAUAGAAUUGCCUCUUAAAACUUAAGAAUUUAUUUGUUUAUUUUUGGAGUAGAUAUUCAUUGAGGUCUAUUUGGAUUAGAGAUAAAAGUGCUUUUCUAAAAACUAUUUUUAUUUAAUUUUUUAAUUAAAAAUUGUUCAAAUAAACUUUGAAUGAGUUCUAAAAGUAAUUUUGAGUGAUAUUUAAACACUUCAAUUUUUUACAAAUUUUUCUAACAAGAGUUUGAGCUACACUAAGUUAUAAACGAUCUAGAGGACAUAUUCUAAAAGCAAUUCAUUUCAACGAUUUCCCACACUAAAUUCUUAGUUUUCUAAUCGAGCAUUCUCAAUAAUUUUCACUUAAAAGAAGAUUAGUAAUAAUAAAGUUGUCCAUGGAGCUGCGUAUUAUAAUAAGAACGUGAAUUCUACCUUUGUGCCACAUCCAUUUUCUAUCAAUGUGAAACUCUCCAUUUAAAUGGUUUGUUUUGCAUUCUUAUUUAAAUGUUUAAUUGCUUAUAAAUCCUCCUUUAAAUCUUGAUCUCUCUGCAAAGAAUUCUUAAACCUCUUAAAUUACAUAAAAUAAAAUUUCAUAUUCCGAUAUUCAAAUAUUUAUACACGUGGAGUCUAAAAAUAUUAAUUUGCUCUUGAAAAUAAAAAUCAUGCAAAAUUUUCUUUUUCACUUUCCUCCUACAUUCUCCAUCUAAACGCAGAUUCUUCGACUUGGUUAGGAGCGGCCAAGUAGGUCCUCAAAAUUAACCUUACCUGAGAAAAUGGAUAUCUUUAAUAGGUCUAAUAAAAGAGCCAAAUUUUGUUUUUCUUAUUCAACAUACGUUUAUUUCUUUUUGGGUUAGACAUUUAGAUUAAAUUGUAAAAUGCAUUAUGUAAUUUUUAGCAAAAACAAAGUUUUGAAAUUUUUAAUUUUAUUUCUAUUGGGUGAAGAGAUGAGAAAUACAUGAGAUAAGAACAUAAGGCAUGAAGAUAAGAAAAAGAGAAAACCACUUAUCGUCAGGAUCUUUACACACGAAACAGUUCACUGACACACGAAGGACAUGGGACUCCCUGAAUUUCCAGCCUCACAUUCUCAUCAUACUUUCUUUCCCUUUUCACUUCUCACCAUUUUCGCCGAGUUGAUUGUGAGCUUAAGCCAUCAUACUCAUUUCCACUGGCGGUUCUACCUUAAAAAACAAUGUCCAUUUGCUCCACCGUCGGUGCCGGAUUCAACCUUCAUUCGCCGGCGAAUACCAUCAAUUCAACCCGUUUAUCUUCUCAUUUCGUCUAUCGGAUUCCGGUGAGUUCAUUCUCUUUCUCUUUUCAAACUUCUUCUUUACGUUUAUCACAAACCCCCAAAUUCAGUAGGAAAGGACGAAAUCGCAUUGUAGUUUCUUCGGCCCCAGUUGUUGAAUCCACUAAUUCUUCGUUUAGAGCCAAAAACCCUAAAGAUACUAAUGUUUUGGUAGUGGGUUCUACUGGGUAUAUCGGGAAUUUUGUGGUUAAGGAGCUGGUUAGUAGAGGGUUCAAUGUCAUUGCCAUUGCUAGGGAGAAGAGUGGAAUUAGAGGUAGAAACAGUAAGGAACGAACAUCUGAUCAGUUGAAAGGAGCUAAUGUUUGUUUUUCAGAUGUGUCCCAUUUGGAUGUUUUGGAGAAAUCUUUAGGGGAUCUGGAUGUGCCUAUUGAUGUUGUGGUUUCUUGCCUUGCUAGCCGAACUGGUGGCAUAAAGGAUUCUUGGAAAAUUGAUUAUGAGGCUACAAAGAACAGUUUAGUGGCUGGAAGAAAUCGUGGGGCUUCUCAUUUUGUGUUGCUUUCUGCAAUUUGUGUGCAGAAACCUCUUCUUGAAUUCCAACGUGCUAAGCUCAAAUUUGAGGCUGAGCUAAUGGAAGCAGCUAAAGAAGAUAGUGGAUUUACAUACAGCAUUGUUAGACCAACUGCUUUCUUUAAGAGCUUAGGAGGUCAAGUUGAGUUGGUGAAAGAUGGUAAGCCAUAUGUGAUGUUUGGGGAUGGGAAGUUGUGUGCGUGCAAGCCAAUCAGCGAGCAGGAUUUGGCUUCUUUUAUUGCAGAUUGUGUGUUGAGUGAAGAUAAAAUCAAUCAGGUUUUGCCCAUUGGUGGCCCCGGGAAAGCGUUGACUCCGUUAGAACAAGGUGAGAUCUUGUUUAGGCUGUUGGGGAAAGAACCGAACUUCUUGAAAGUACCGAUUGGGAUUAUGGAUUUUGCCAUUGGAGUUCUCGAUUUCCUUGUCAAGUUCUUUCCUGCAAUGGAAGAUGCUGCUGAGUAUGGGAAAAUUGGAAGAUAUUAUGCAGCUGAGAGUAUGUUGCUUUUAGAUCCUGAAACUGGAGAGUACAGUGCAGAUAAAACACCAAGUUACGGAAAGGACACAUUAGAAGACUUCUUUGAAAGGGUCCUCAGGGAAGGGAUGGCUGGUCAAGAAUUAGGUGAACAGAGCGUUUUUUGAUAUUUUCUGCAGAGUAGCAGGUCCUUGGAGUUGCAAGUUUGAGAUGGACGGUACACGUGAAGCAGGUGUGUUGUUUCUUUAUCUGAAUCCACGCUGUUGCCUGAGUUCCUAUCAAGUUUUUUUCCCCACUCAACAUGCAUAUCUGAAGGGUUGUAAAUUGUCACCAUUACUCUUCAAAACAAUAUCAUUAUGAAAUGAAUUGUGUCAUAUUUUUUUGAUCCA